AUGACCGAGUCCACCGCGAACGGCCAGGCGGCCGCGGCACCCAAGAAGAAGCUCAUCCUCAACGCCUUCGUGGAGAGCUGCUCGGGCCAUCAGUCCCCGGGCCUCUGGCAGCACCCCGACGACCGCAGCACCGAGUUCAACAACAUCAAGCACUGGGUCAAUCUGGCCAAGCUGUUAGAAAAGGGCGGUUUCCAUGGCAUGUUUAUCGCCGAUGUGUUGGGAGCGUACGACGUGUACAAGGGUCCCAAGAACCCAGACCCGUCCAUCAUCUCCGGCGCGCAAUGGCCCGUCAACGAGCCCCUCGCUCCUGUAGCCGCCAUGGCCGCGGCCACCGAGAGUCUCGGCUUCGGUAUCACCGUAGCCACCACCUACGAGCAGCCCUACCACCUUGCCCGGAGGCUGAGCACCGUCGACCACCUCACCGGUGGCCGUAUCGGAUGGAACAUUGUCACCGGGUACUUGGAUUCUGCGGCCAGGAACCUUGGACACGCGGCGCAACCGCUGCACGAUGAUCGGUACGCCAUGGCGGAGGAGUACGUCGAAGUCAUGCAAUCCUCAUGGCGCGACGACGCCGUCAAACUCGACCGCAAAACCGGCGUCUUCAUCGACCCCGCCCUCGUCCGCACCAUCGACCACGAGGGCACGUACUACACCGUCCCCGGCCCCCACAUCUGCCAGCCCUCCCCCAACGCACCCCCGUCAUCAUGCAAGCCGGCACCUCCAAGUCGGGUAAAGCCUUUGCCGCGCGCCACGCCGAGGCCGUCUUCGUCGCCGGCCACUCCCCGCCGUCGUGGCCAAGAACAUCGCCGAGAUCCGCGCCCAGGCCGCCGAGUUCGGGCGCGACCCCGCGCCGUCAAGUUCCUCGCCAUGUUCUGCCCCAUCAUCGCGCCCACGCGCGAGGCGGCCCAGGCCAAGUACGCCGAGUACGUGAGCUACGGGUCUGAGGAUGGGGCGCUGGCCCUGUUCGGCGGCUGGACGGGCAUCGACCUCGCCCAGUACGGCGACGACGAGGAGCUGCGCCACGUCGAGUCCAACGCCAUUCGCUCGGCCGUCGAGUCGUGGAGCAAGGCGAGCCCGACGGUGCCGCGGUGGACCAAGCACGCGGUGGCGAACCAUAUCAAGGUUGGUGGCUUGGGCGCGACCGUGGUGGGUACGGCGGAGGAUGUGGCGGAUGAGAUGGAGAGGUGGGUGGCGGAGGCGGAUAUUGACGGGUUCAACUUGGCGUAUGCGCUUAUGCCGCAGACGUUUGAGGAGGUUAUUGAGCACCUUAUCCCUGCUGGUCUCGCGAGGCCGCCGGCGGAUCACCCCGCGGCCAAAUAUCACUGGAAGGCCGAGUAA